UAAUCGCUGAUUCAAUCAGCACGCAAUAACAAAAUCUACAUAAUUCGCCAUCUCUAAUCUUUCCACAUUUUCUUUAAACAAAAAUGUUAAUCUAUCCGUGUUAACAAACUACUAUGAGUAAACUCACUUGAAAAAUUCAUCAGAGUUUGAUCGAAAUCAUUCUGAAAGUGAUUUUGAUUAAUUUAAUCCGUGAUUAACUUAUAUUAAGUGCCGGUAUUAUUUUGUUAACAUAGAACUAUUUAUGCCGUCUAAUACACAUGGAAGAGAGGUUAGAGGGACGACGAAUUAUGUAGUUAGAAAUUUUGCUGUAAGCAACUCUGCCGUUCGAAUUGAUCGGCGAUUAAGUUAAUUGAUUAACUUGUUUCCAAGUCACUCUUGCUCAAUCAAUUCGAGACGCGUGUUUCUCGGUCGACGCUUUCACCGGUUUCUCGUUGGCGGCACUGCCGGCAACCACGCGUCCGCGCCCGCCAUUUCCAGAUGUCGCCAAACUCGCCGAUGCUCAAGGCCGAGACGCAUCCUUGUCUCGCGGAGUCCGAAUUCCGAGCAGUCACGAUGAAUUGAAUCGACGCGUCUCGACGAACGACAAGAGACGCAGUUUCCCCGAUGAGCACGACGAAACGUGACCGGAGAGGAACAUGUUACGACGCGGCCGUCCAUCGUCGAGUACUCUGGUUCGGGGUAGCAGCGUAGUGCGCAAAGUGUUUCGCUUGUUGCACAGUUGCCAAGGCGACUAACGUGCGUGCGUGCGUGCGUGCGUUCGUUCGCGCGCGCGUGUGCGCGUGUGUGUGUGGCUGUGUGCGCCGCGUACCUGCGGUGUAUUAUGAUAAGAGACCGAUCGUCGUUAUCGGGACGCAAUUUUCGUAUCACCCUCACGUCGUCGCCGCCGCCGCCGCCGCCGCCGCCGCUGUCGACGACGACGACGUUUCGAUGCCCCGCAACGACGUAGCCUGAAGACAGCCGUCGCGCAUCAUGGAUUAUCCGGUGUUGGGCCACUUCGAUCCCUCGGUAGAACCCGGUGACCACGUUAGCGGCGAGGAGGAGCAGCAGGAGUUGCUUUGGGAGGAUUGUAAUUAUGUCGUUUCCGGAGAUGAGUACGUACGUGCGACGGAGCAAUUUGGAGAGGACUUUGCUGGCGCCGAGUUUCACGAAACUAGAACAUUGCUCGCUGAUGGCGGAGAUAGAUUCGGAGUUUCCACUGCCACUUUCGAUACGAUCGAAGAGCUUAUGUGGAUGGGGAAUCAAGGGGGUCACGUAACAUCCUAUUAUGGGCCUGGUUUACAAAAGUAUACCUCUUUUCAAGUCCACGCGACGCAGGAGAUACGUCACAUUCAUACUAUAGACGAGGGUAUUUUAGUCCUAUCUCAGAGUCAAUUGAGAUGUCAAUUGCGGAGGGGCAUACCUAUAUUCACCCACACGUCGGUGAAUAUGAACGACAUGCAGUGCAUGCUGCAAAUCUCCCCGACCAGAUUGCUCAUGGGUGGACAUCAGGAUAAAAUAAUUGAUUUUAACCUUACUAGAGGAAAGGAGACUGGAUUAGUGGAUGUAGAUGAGAAUGGUUGUGCGAUAUUGAGACAGCACAGUAGGCUUAUCUGUGCUGGUAAUCCUGCGGGAAGAAUAGAUCUCAGGGAUCCAAAUACAUUAUCAAUAGAACAUACCCUGGACACGCACAGUGGUUCCUUAAGUGAUUUCGAUGUUCAAGGAAACUAUCUUGUUACAUGUGGAUUCAGCAACAGUCGUCAGGGACUUACUGUUGAUCGAUUUUUAAUGGCCUACGAUCUGAGACAAAUGAGAGCAUUAAGCCCAGUCACUACUAUGGUAUAUCCUCUUUUAUUGAAGUUCCUACCAAGUUAUUCCAGUCGUCUCGCAGUCGUGUCGCCACUAGGACAAAUGCAAUUACUUGAUACAAUAUAUGCCAAUGUACAACCAUCCGUGACAUGUUUAUAUCAGGUUGCCACUGGUGGUGCCACGAUAUUAUCGUUUGACGUAGCUUCUACAUCUCAGUGUCUUUGCUUUGGAGAUUUGGCGGGCUCUAUACAUCUAAUGUCCACCAAUACCCCGGAGCCUCAAUUUAAUACAUUUUCUAGACCUACGGAGUUCGCCGAUCCAAUUGAGACACUACCAUCGAUUCCUUUUGAUGACGAUGUUACACCGUUUAGUACAAUACCCAUGGUAUACUCAGAUCAGCCACUUCUAAGUGAUUGGCCUGAAGAAUACUUAAAAAAAGUGUAUAGAAAAACUCCACCAAUAGAUCCCGAAAUCUUGCGCACAAUGAAAAUGCAGGGAACAAUAGGAUACGCGCCAAAUCCUCAGGCUUUCCGCAGAAAUCAAAUACCGUACAAUCUGGAAAAACGACGCGGCUUAGUCGCGAAGCCUUUCGCGGGGGAUUCACGGUCUAAAACAGACGACGGCACCUUUGUAGCCAUACCUAAGCGCUAUCGUAAAAUCGAGUUGAAAUACUCACGGCUUGGUUACGAUGAUUUCGAUUUCGAUCAGUACAAUCGAACCAGCUUUUGCGGCCUGGAGGCUACACUUCCUAACAGUUAUUGCAAUGCUAUGCUACAGUUGCUUUACUACUGCGAACCUGUAAGAGUAGCAUUGCUCUCACAUUCAUGCCAACGAGAGUUUUGUCUCUCUUGCGAAUUGGGAUUCUUGUUUCACAUGCUGGACACAUCACGAGGGUUUCCCUGCCAAGCUGCGAAUUUCCUUAGGGCUUUUAGGACAGUACGGGAGGCGUCAGCUUUAGGACUUAUACUGAACGAUCCAGAAUCGAAGAAAAAGAUCAAUCUGAUUAUGCUCAUACAAAGCUGGAAUCGAUUCAUUCUACAUCAAAUACACUACGAGGUUCUGGAAACUAGGAAGCGACAGCAAAAGGAAGAAGAGGCAGCGCGGCUUAAGUCGGGUUCCAAAUACCCCGCAUUUGUUUAUAACGAACAGGACUUUCCUAGCAUCCUUGAGGACCUCGGUUCUCGAUACAGAAGUCACGACGAUGAGAGGAAAAAAAAGAGGAAGCAGGAGGAGGAUGGUAAAUAUAUGUGGAUCACAUCGAAAGACAAGACCACCAAAAAAUCCGCCGAAGAGAAUGAAGUGCGAGAUGACGAAACAGAGAUCAGUCGUCUAUUUGGGUCUGAACAAAUGCACAUAUAUCGCUGUCUCAAAUGUGGGCAAGAAGCAACAAAACACUCCAUCAUGUUACUCUGUAACUUAGUUUAUCCGGAAAUAAUUAAUCCUUCUGAAGAGGUACCGUUCACAAAUGUUCUUGCCCGCAGUUUAAGACCUGAGCAAAUUACACCCGCAUGGUGUGACAAUUGUCAGAAAUUUAUACCAACUCUCCAGUCUCGACAAUUGACUAAACUACCUCAAAUACUGGCUCUAAACUGCGGCUUAAAUACUCAGCAGGAUAAGGCGUUUUGGCAAAAUCAAAUGGACAUCGUGGUGCAAAACGUGUUGACGGGAAAGGAAAGCAGCCCCAGCUCCAGUCCUGUGCCCGUCACCGCGAAGCCCUGUCGAUACGGCAAUAAUUGCACGCGAACUGGAUGUCGAUUCAGGCACGUCGGGCGCGACUCAGAGUCAGAAAAAUUAUUAACGUCAUCCUCCACUCCAUCUACCUCGUCAACGGCCCCCGUUGCAUCGCCUCCUAGUCAUUUGUAUUACCUGCAUUCCUGGAUACCUCACAACAUAGAGAUCUCCCUCGAAGAAAACGGGAAGAUGUCGGUGAAAAAGAUCAGCGAACCAAAAAGUGAAUUGAAUAACGAUACGUCCGCACAGACGAGCACGAUGGAGAACGGCCAGGACGACAAAACGAUACAAGUAGUUUCCGAGAACGCCCGGGGUAACGGUGAAGAAAUUGUAGAAAAUUGUAGUAUAGCAUCGAACGCGGAAGACGACGAAGCCGUGGAAAGUACAAAUCCAACGAUCUCUUCUAAUGCUCAAAAGAUACAGUAUGGCCUCAGUGCUGUCGUCUGUUACAUCGACGACAAGAACGAGGAACGGAGGAACAUCGUAGCGCUGCUACGAGUUGGGCCAAACUAUCACGAACGAUCGGCGGGCAAUGCCGUGUCGCAGUGGUACAUUUUUAACGACUUCUGUAUACAACCGGUGACUCCGCAGGAAGCGGUAUGGUUUAAUCUCGAUUGGAAAGUGCCGUGUGUACUGCAUUACACAGCGAUACCUGCGCCCGAGCCGACACAGUUGGUCAGUCCUCUUACGUACGAUGUAUUCGGAGAAGAUAAAUGUAUCGCUCGCAGUGGCGGAACCAGAGGCAUCACAUUCACUCCUCUGUCGUCAGACGAAAUGCCUAAGAAAGGGGAAUUGGUGGGCAUCGAUGCAGAAUUCGUUACCUUAAAUCAGGAAGAAUCCGAGCUACGGAGCGAUGGGAAGAUGUCAACUAUAAAACCGAGCCAUAUGUCGGUCGCGCGAAUCACCUGUAUACGCGGGCAAGGUCCAUUGGAAGGUACGCCGUUUAUAGACGAUUAUAUAAGCACUCAGGAACAAGUGGUCGAUUAUUUAACAAAAUUCAGCGGAAUUCAACCGGGUGAUUUAGACGCGAAUUUUAGCAGCAAACAUCUCACAAUGCUGAAAUCGACGUAUCAAAAGUUGAGAUUCUUAGUGGACAACGGUAUAAUUUUCGUCGGGCAUGGCCUAAAAAACGAUUUUAGGGUAAUAAAUUUGGUAGUGCCGCCGGAGCAAAUAGUGGAUACAGUUUUGCUGUUCCACUUACCUCAUCAUCGGAUGGUGUCGUUGCGCUUCUUGACCUGGCACUUUUUGGGUAAAAACAUUCAGUCUGAGACUCACGAUUCAGCCGAAGACGCACGAGCAGCUUUAGAAUUGUAUCGUAAGUACAAGGAACUGGAAGGUUCCGGCACAUUGACGGAAACGCUGAAGGAACUUUACGAAGUGGGCAGCCAAUUACAGUGGAAAGUAAGAGGACGAAAAUUCUUACAUUACUAAACGUCAUCCCUCAAGCUCACCUUGUUAAAUUUAUUUUAACACUAUUUGAUUUUAGGUUCCUGAUAGCUGAUACGAGGAUAACCUAUAUGACGAUAUAGUUGAUGAAAUCAAUAGUGAUAAUGAUAAUUAGAUGAUACGACAUCGUUAAUUAUCCGACAUCGUUGUUCAAAAGGUAUUCGUCGAUAAAGUGUCGAUGUUUUUAAUCCAAUGUUGAAGAUGGGUUUCACAUAUCCGUCAUUCACAGAGAACAGAUUUAUUCAACGCACACGUAAUAUUAUUAGACGGAAUUUUUCGGGAUUCCAUACCGCAACAUCAUGAAGUUGAUAAAAUUGCAGAACAAUCAUGAUGUUCAUUCAGGCGUUGUUUUCGCUUAUUGUUGUAUAUGUUAGAUCAUUGUUGCAUACCAUAUAUCAAGAAUAUAUGGUAUACAUAUACAUUUUAUUCAAUACGGUAAUAAUACGUCAAAAAACAACACAUUUUUUAUCACUAGUAUUUCAUCGAUCGUAUAUAGCCCGUUAAAAGGACUGAAUGAGAAAAUUGUUGAUCGUGAUUUUAAAUUAGAAAUUAAGCAUGAUACAAAUUAAAUUUGUAUAUAUCAUCUCAUAACAUAUUGGCGUUUUGAGGAGCAGUAACGAUCUCGCACUGCCCGAUAAGAGUAUUCACUCUAAUUUCCAUUUAUAACGUAUCCCAAAGUUAACGUAUUCCAUCUCGAUCCAUCAAACAAUUGCCGAAUAUAGACGUAAAUAGUUACAUAGCACAAUAGUAAUAAUUGAAUUAUGUCUCUAAGUACCUAAUAUCUCAUUGUUUUCUUUUAUACGUAUUUUCUUUAGCGCAUCAACUUUUUGUACGAUUUUACGAAGCCGAAUUUCGUAUAGGGAUCUUUUUAUAAAAAUAUUUCAUGGAUUUUAGUUCUCAGUCACACACCACACACAUACACAGUCGCCUUCACAUUUGCGCAAGAACGCAAAUCUGAACGCAAAACUGUUCCAGUCAUAUUUGCAAUUACGGUAAUUGUUACUCAUUGCCAUUUUUCGAAACUGAUCCAUUUACGCUCUCGAAACGCGGAAAAAUCUACUGUCGAAAAUAUGGUAAUAUAUUUUACAAACUGACAACUGUAUGCGUUAUAAAUUAUUUUUAUAUACAUUUUAUCAAUGGAAGAAUAUGAAGGAUACUGUCUAAAAUAUUUUGAAAAAGAUGAGAUUAAUGAAUAUAUUUUUUUAUAUCUGGAAGGAUUUUCUUAUAAUUUGUGUACGAUAUAACUUAUAUGCUGAUUCAGUGAUCAAUGCGAUUAAUAGUACUGACGGUACACACAUUGACCGUAAUCAAACAUUUUAUUUACGCCAAUCACUGUUACGUCAUUGUAAUUUUACAAUAAAUGAUUGUACGAAUUCA